AUGACGGACACGACAACAAGAUCAUCGAUUACAUUAAAAGGAUCAGCCCAAAUGGUCAAGGAGUUUUUUGGUAUGGUUUUUGGUUGAAAAUUUGCUUAAAAUUUUAGUAAAAACGCAAUUUUUAAGGGGAUUGUAGGCUUUGGAUCAGACGAACUGACGGAAAACGUUGUCUUUUUGACAGCUCUCGGUUAUUAGAAGCAAGAUUAGGGUUUUAAAUUGGUUUUUACAGAUUAUGGCAUUAAUAGCAUAUUGUUUCAACGAGGAAUCUACCCGCCAGAGAUGUUUGUCAAGGAAAAGAAGUAUAACAUGGCACUGAUGGUUACUAAAGACGAAAAACUACGAAAUUACUUGAAUCCUUUGUUGAAACAAGUUGAAUGUGAGUUUUUAUUAUAUGUUUUUACUAUUUAGAGCACAAAAUAAAGUAUAAGUUAACUGGAAACGUUGAUAUUAAUCGAGACAACAUUAAUAUCUUAAAAAUAAAUUUUCAGACUGGCUAUCCAUGAAACGCGUGAAACGAUUAGUUCUGGUGAUUCAGGAUGUCAAAACGAAGGAAGUGUUAGAGCGUUGGGAGUUUAACAUCGAGACUGAUGAAUCCUUUGGGUGAGUAAUAUAAAGCUUGAUGUGUAAUAUUCGUUUAGAGAGGGACAAGCAAAGGAAGUGUGUGAGAAGCGAAUCAAACAGGAGAUUUCUGACGUCUUAAAGUAUGUUUUACAUUUUUCUUACUGCUAUUGGUAUUUGUUUUACCUUUUUUUGGGUUUUUGAUGAUAUAGUAGCUUUCAAGUCAAGUGUUUUAAAAUUGUGUUUUUUAGACAAAUAGUGUCAUGUGUCUCCUUCUUGCCUAUCAUUGAAGUUGAUUGUUCAUUUGACGUUCUCAUUUUCGGAAAACACCUCGAAAAUGAUGAAAAUCUCCCCGACGAUUGGGCCGAUUCUACAGCACGGAACAUUGUAGAUGCAGAAGAAGUGGACCUACGUCAAUUCUCGACCAAUGUUCAUAAAGUUGCCACAAAAGUGCAAUACAAGGCGGAUUGUUGA